ACGAAUUUUGCAGAAAUAAAUUUCUAGACGACCCCUGAAAGCGAAGACUUUUAUUUCCGUUUCCUUUAAGUUACUUCAAGACUGUUUUGGUUUAGUUGUUAAAUUGAUUCUUUUAUUGUUUUGUGUUAAUUUAGUGAUUAUUUAAUUAAAAUGGGUAAACCAAAAGGAAUACGAACUGCACGUAAACAUAAGAAUCAUCGACGAGAACAAAGAUGGCACGACAAGGACUAUAAGAAAGCCCAUCUUGGUACCCGAUGGAAGGCUAAUCCUUUCGGAGGUGCUUCUCAUGCUAAAGGAAUCGUAUUGGAAAAAGUUGGUGUAGAAGCCAAACAACCUAAUUCUGCUAUCCGAAAGUGUGUAAGAGUCCAACUUAUCAAAAACGGUAAAAAGAUCACAGCUUUCGUACCAAGAGAUGGUUGUCUCAAUUAUAUUGAAGAAAACGACGAGGUAUUAGUUGCUGGUUUCGGUCGUAAAGGUCAUGCCGUCGGAGAUAUUCCCGGAGUUAGGUUCAAGGUUGUUAAAGUAGCUAAUGUAUCUUUGUUAGCUUUAUAUAAAGAAAAGAAAGAAAGACCCCGAUCAUAGAUCAGAACAUUGGUACAAUCAUGGUACUGUAUUUCUUUUUUUUCAUACAUAUUAAGUAAUAAACAUUUAAUUUAAAUGAUUA